CAUCAAGCUUCAAGGAGUCUCUCCACAGCAGCUCCACAGCCUCCAGACCGACCCUGAAGAUGACUCCCUCUGCCAGCCUGCUGCUGCUGCUCCUGCUCGGCCUCUCUCAGGCACUUCCUCUCCAGGAGGAAGGAAUUGAAGAAGAAGAAGAAGAAGAAGUAGACGAAGAGGACACUGUCGACAUCACCACCAGGAUUUUGACCUCCAACAACGCCACAGAUGAGAUCCUGCUGGAAGGAGACCUGGUGGUUCCCAAAACCAGAAACGCCAUGAAGUGCUGGUCCCAGAGCUGCCUGUGGAAGAAAGGCUCCAACGGCUUGGUGACGGUCCCCUUCACCACGAGCAGUCAAUUCACCAGCUUGGAGAGACAGAAGAUCACCAACGCUAUGAAUGCCUUCCACAGCAAGACCUGCCUCCGCUUCGUCCCCCGUCGGAACCAGUACGACUACAUCAGCAUUGAGAACAAGGGCGGAUGUUACUCCUCUCUGGGCAGAACAGGAGGCAGACAGGUGCUCUCUCUCAACAGGCGGGGCUGCGUCUACCAUGGCACCAUCCAGCACGAGAUCAACCACGCUCUGGGCUUCAAGCACGAACAGACCAGGAGCGACCGCGACUCACACGUCAGGAUCAACUGGCAGAACAUCAACCCGCAGAUGGCCUACAACUUCAAAAGGCACGACACCAACAACCUGAACACCCCCUACGACUACACCUCCAUCAUGCACUAUGGAAAAACAGCCUUCUCCAUCCAGCGGGGGAGGGACUCCAUCACCCCCAUCCCAAACCCCAACGUCCAGAUCGGCCAGAGGAGGGGCUUGUCCCGCUUGGACAUCGUGAGGAUCAACAAGCUCUACCGUUGCUAAUAACAAUGCUGAUGAUAAAUGCAAACAAAUCGUACUUUUUCUGCUUUGUUUUUCCUGUAAUUAAUCAAAAAACACUGUGACGUAUGGAAACAACAUCAAAUAUUUCACUUUUCUUCAAAUGUUCAAACGGCAGAUUAUAUGACCGUCAUAUCCCUAAAUGAUCUGGAAUAAAAGUA